ACUUUCCCUACAGUAACCACAGUUCUUAGCAGAAAAGAACUGGAUGGUGCUGUAUUUCUCUGCGUCCCAGAAAGACUCUCGCCAUGAGACUAUCAGCAAGACUCAUUUGGCUUAUAUUAUGGACUGUUUGUGUAGCAGAAGAUUGUAAAGGUCCUCCUCCAAAAGAAAAUACAGAAAUUCUGUCAGGGUCUUGGCCUGACCAACCGUAUCCAGAAGGCACUCAGGCCACCUACAAAUGCCGCCCUGGAUACCGAACACUUGGGAGUAUUACUAAAAUAUGCAGGCGUGGAGAAUGGGUGGCUUCUAACCCAUCCAGGAUCUGUCAGAAAAGGCCAUGUGGGCAUCCUGGAGAUACACCCUUUGGGUCCUUCAGGCUGGCAAUUGGAACUGGGUUUGAGUUUGGUGCAAAGGUUGUUUAUACCUGCAAUGAGGGGUAUCGACUGUUAGGUGAGAUUGAUUACCGUGAAUGUGAUUCAGAUGGAUGGACCAAUACUGUUCCAUUAUGUGAAGCCGCUAAGUGUUUACCAGUGACAGAACCGGAGAAUGGAAGAAUUGUAAGCAGCGCGGCAGAACCAGACCAGGAAUAUUAUUUUGGACAAGUGGUGCGCUUUGCCUGCAAUGCGGGCUUCAAGGUUGAAGGACAGAAAGAAAUCCACUGCUCAGAAAAUGGCCUUUGGAGCCAUGAGAAGCCAAGAUGUGUGGAAAUUUCCUGCACACCACCAGAAGUUAAAAAUGGACAAGCUAUAUCUAAGAAGCCAGUUUACAAGGAGAAUGAAAGGUAUCAAUAUAAAUGCAACCGAGGUUUUGAGUUCAAAGAAAGAGGGGAUGCCCUCUGCACAGCUUCUGGAUGGAGCCCUCAGCCCUCCUGUGAAGAAAUGACAUGCAAACCUCCUUAUAUUCCAAACGGAGUCUACACACCUCACAGGAUUAAACACAGAGCUGGUGAUGACAUCAGAUACACUUGUACAUCUGGCUUCCAUCCCGCAACCCGAGAAACUGUUGUAACCUGUACAAGCACUGGGUGGAUCCCUGCUCCAAGAUGUAGUUUGAAACCAUGUGAUUUUCCACAAAUAAAAACUGGAGGUCUGUAUUAUGAAGAGAGAUACAGACCCUACUUCCCAGCAGCUAUAGGAAAGUAUUUCAGCUAUUUCUGCAACAGUGGAUAUGUGACUCCUUCAGGAUCAUACUGGGACUACAUUCGCUGCACUACACAAGGGUGGGAGCCUGCAGUCCCGUGCCUCAGGGUAUGUAGUUUCCCUUAUGUGGACCAUGGUGCACUUUUAGAACGGAAAGCCAGCUAUGUACAGGACCAGUCUGUAAGAAUCCAGUGUUACCCUGGCUACGGUCUUCCAAAUGGUCAGGACACAAUUACAUGUACAGAGAAUGGCUGGUCUCCUCAACCCAAAUGCAUCCGUGUCAAGAGAUGUUUAAAGUCAGAUAUAGAUAUUGAGAAUGGGUUUCUUUCUGAAUACGAUCGUACAUAUGAUCUAAAUAGAAAAACACAAUAUAAGUGCAAAGAGGGAUAUGUAACACCGAAUGGAGAAACAUCAGGAACAAUUACCUGCCUCCAAAGCGGAUGGUCGUCUCAACCCUCGUGCAUCAAGUCUUGUGACAGGCCUGUAUUUGAGAAUGCUGGAACUGAAAAUAAUGGCACAUGGUUUAAACUCAACGAUAAAUUAGACUAUGAAUGCCAUAUUGGAUAUGAAAACAUACAUAAAGAUACCAAGGGCUCCAUAACAUGUAAUCAUGAUGGAUGGUCUGACAAACCCUUAUGCUAUGAAAGAGAAUGCAGCAUUCCAUUACUAGGGGAGAACUUAUUUGUCAAUCCCAAGAAAGAAAAAUAUAAAGUUGGAGAUUUGUUGAGAUUUUCUUGCCGACCAGGACACAGAGUUGGGCCAGAUUCAGCACAAUGCUACCACUUUGGAUGGUCCCCAGGUUUUCCAACAUGUAAAGGUCAAGUGCGAUCAUGUGAUCAGCCUCCUGAACUCCUCAAUGGGGAAGUUAAGAGGAGAAAGAAAAAAGAAUACAACCAUGGUGACGUGGUGGAAUAUGAUUGCAAGCCUAGAUUUCUACUGAAGGGACCCAAUAGAGUCCAGUGUGUUGAUGGAAAUUGGACAACCUUGCCAAUAUGUGUUGAGGAGAAAAGAACAUGUGGAGAUAUUCCUGAACUUGAGCAUGGAUAUGGCCAGUAUUCUUUCCCUCCCUAUGACCAUGGAGAGUCUGUAGAGUUGACCUGCAUGGAAAACUUCACAAUGAUUGGACAUGGGUCAGUGUCAUGCAUUGGUGGAAGGUGGACCCAGCUUCCUCAAUGUGUUGCAACAGAUCAACUGGAGAAGUGUAAAUCACCAAAGCCAGCUGAUGUGGAGACAAUUCAACCCAAUAAGUAUGAAUUUAAUCAUAAUGCUAGUGUGGGUUACACAUGUAGAGGAAAGCGGGAGAUGAAACACUCAAUCUGCAUCAAUGGAAGAUGGGAUCCAGAGCCAACCUGUACAACAGAGAAAGGAUCCUGCCCCCCUCCACCACAGAUUCCAAAUGCUCAAGUGUUGAGAACCACAGUGAAAUACGGGGACGGAGAAAAAGUAUCUGUUCUUUGUCAAGACAAUUACCUAAUACAGGACACAGAAGAAAUGGUGUGCAGAGACGGAAUGUGGCAGUCAUUGCCACGCUGCGUUGCAAAAAUCCCAUGUUCUAAGCCUCCUGAAAUAGACCACGGAUCUGUUAUAUUACCAAGAUCAUCAGAAGGAACGAGAUACCCACUUGAGCCCCGAAGUUAUGAACACGGCACUACACUCAGCUAUGGUUGUGAUGAUGGCUUUAGGAUGGCUGAGGAUCAUGGGGUAACCUGCCACAUGGGAAAGUGGAGUUCUCCACCUCAUUGCGUCGGACUUCCCUGUGGGCCUCCACCUUCAAUCCAUCAUGGGAUUGUGUCUCAUGAGCUAGAUAGUUACCAAUAUGGUGAAGAGGUGACAUACAGCUGUUCUGAAGGUUUUGGAAUUUCUGGACAUGCAUUUAUGAAAUGUGUAGGAGGAACUUGGUCGCAGCCACCAGCUUGCAUAAGAACUGAUUGUGACAGUUUACCAAGGUUUGAAAAUGCCAUACUCACAGAAGAGAAGAAAGCUUCAUAUAGGUCAGGUGAACAAGUGACAUUCAAAUGUGCACCUUCUUAUCAAAUGAAUGGGUCCAACAUUGUGACAUGUGUCAAUCGCACGUGGAUUGGAGAGCUGGUAUGCAAAGAUACUUCCUGUGGGGAUCCACCACACGUGGAAAAUGCUACUAUAGUAACAAGACCCAUGGCUAAAUAUCCAACCAAUGAGAGAGUACGGUAUGAAUGUAAUAAACCUUUUGAACUAUUUGGGGAAGAAGAAGUGAUGUGUCAAAAUGGGAUUUGGACAGAACCACCAAAAUGCAAAGAUUCAACCGGGAAAUGUGGGCCUCCUCCACCUAUUAACAAUGGAGACAUCACCUCCUUCCCUUUAUCAGUAUACGCACCCUUGUCUUCAGUUGAAUAUCAGUGCCAGUCCUUGUACCAACUGCAGGGCAACAAGGAAAUAACGUGUACAAAUGGAGAGUGGUCUGCGCCACCAAAAUGUUUACAUGCAUGUGUAAUAUCAGAAGAUAUCAUGAAAAGACAUAACAUAACUUUAAGAUGGAUGGAAAACCAAAAGCUAUAUUCCCAAUCAGGGGACUAUGUUGAAUUUACAUGUAUAUCUGGAUACAAACAGACAAAUCCUUCACCUCCAUUCCGUACAAUGUGCAUUGAUGGUCACAUCAAUUAUCCCAGUUGCUCAAAAAAACAUUAUUGGUAUGAUGGAUGAAUGGACAUUUGCUUAGAAAUAUGAAUGCAUGCUACCAAUAUAGUUUCAAUUUACCUUUGAAACAUUGUUUAACUCAUUUCUUCUCAUGGGUAUAAACUUGUAUUGACAUGUAGUGGUUAAUUUGGAGCCUGAGAGAUCACUGCCACAAAGGCAAAGCAGUACAUUCAAAACUCCUAAACCAGAAUAUGCUGUGUCCUGGCACAGUAAUCAAUGGCCAGAAAAUAGAUAUAAUUACUUCAUUGUAUCUACCCAUCAGCUUUCAAAUCUCUCCAGUCUUCCUCUGAUUCAAGGUGAACAGAAAGCAUAUUGAUUCAUCUUCAAAUUAGGAUUACAUCACAAAUAUGUGGUAAUCAAACUCAUGUUUAACAUUACUUAAGAAUAUAAGCAAUUGCUGCAUAUUACCUUUGUUUUUUUAACUUAAAAUUAAAAAAUCUUAUUUUACAUAUCCA